UAGUGUACGCUGUAUGGUGCCAGUUUAUUUUUGCGCCGUGUUAGUCUUUAUCCGGUGUGAUGUGUAAAUUAUCAUUGCGUUAGUGCAAUUGCAUUUUUUUUUAAUGUAACUUACAUGAUGAGUUCUCUUGUAGAUAUCUUAAGAGAAGCUCAGGCGCUUGGAAUUAGCCCUGAUGCAGUUCAGCAAUUAGUUGAAGAAGAGCAGAAAUUAGCUAAAGAUAAAGCCGAAAGGGAAGAGCGUGCAGCUGAACGAGAACUUAAGAAAUUAGAGCUCGAGUUAAAAGAAGCGGAGAAGCGUAGAGCUCAUGAAUCGUAUUUAGCUGAAUUGCGUUCACCUGGCGAAAGAAUUGAAACGGUUGAUGUUGAUGCAAGUGCGAAUAAGAGCGUAAAUGCUAAUUUAUAUGAUGGCCUUAGACUUCCUACCUUUAACGACGGGCAAGAUGAUAUAGAUUCUUAUUUACUUAGAUUUGAACGUUUAGCUCUCUUGCAUAAUUGGAAGAAAGAGGAUUAUCAUGUAUAUUUGGGAUCUUUAUUAAGAGGCCGUGCACUUAAAGUAUAUGUAUCUCUGCCUGAAGAAAUUGUUAAUGAUUAUGAAAAGCUUAAGUCUGCUUUAUUAAGAAGUUACUCGGUUGAUUCCGAAAUGUAUAGGAGGAAAUUUAGGGAGUGUAAAUGUACUGAUAAAGAAUCUUAUGUGCAACUUUUAGUUCGAAUGGAGCAAUAUUUAGAUAGAUGGAUUUCUCUUAGUAGCGUUCAUAAAAGUUAUGAUUCUCUUUUUGACUUUAUGAUUAGGGAACAGUUUCUUUGUAGUUGUAAUUCUGAGUUACGUGUUUUUCUAAAAGAACGCGAAUUUUCCAGCGCAACUGAGAUGGCCGAAGCAGCUGACAGGUAUAGAAGCGCUCAUUUGUAUCGCGGCAAAGCACUGAAGUUUCCCCAGCCUAAACCUUUCAGCCAGUCUAGAGAUAAGGGAACUAUUGAUGAAAUUGUUUGUCAUGCUUGUGGUAAAAACGGACAUAUCAAACCAAACUGCCCUGAUAAUCCCAGGAAUUUCAGAGGUGUGAAGAUCCCGAACCAAUCCUGUCCUGAUGACCCAAGCCCUGCUACUACUGAUGUGGCUACCUUAACAUCCUGCGCUAGUCCUGACCUCUGUGAACCCCCUGAAGAACCUGACCUCUGUGACCUACCCAAUCUACCUUCUUCCUGUGACCUAACCGAUUUCCCUGACAAGCCUACAUUUCCUUUUUCCACUGAAAGUACGCAGGUAUGUAGCGAGAAUUCUUGUCGAUAUUCUAUAGAUGAGAAGAACAACAAGAGCAGAUAA